GAAGUGCUACCGGUGAAGAAAUCAAGAAAGACCCGUAGAAGGAAGAAGAAAAGUUAUGAACAAUUUAAAAACUUCAACAGAACAACUGACAUCAGUGACGAUAGACUUCGGGCUUAUGGCGUUAAUCCGAAAAAAUACAAGAACAAAUUGUAUCAUCGGCAACAGAACAAGAAUGAUAGCGAAUAUUGAGGUUCAGUUGUUUUGUUUUGUAAAGGGCAUGAACUCCUGAUG